AUCAUCUCCCUGCUUUUUCCUGGGACGCACAGGAGAGGAGAAGAACCUUCCUCCUCCUCAUCAUCAUCAUCAUCAUCUCUGUGAUUCACUCAUCACAUUAACAACUUCAUCUGUAACACGUCAGGGAUUUUACUGCAGGAUCUUCAUCACAAACCGUAUCAUCUUCAUCCUCAUCUUCAUCAUAAAACCAGCUGUCUCACCAUGUACCUGGAGAACAAAAGUGAGAUGGAGAUGUCGCAGACGUCGGCCGCGGGUCACCAGGGGCGUGGCAGCCUGAGGUCACCUGAGGCCGUGGCGGGAAACUUUGGCGAGCUGCGUUUGCUGCAGGGAAUCUCUGAGAGGAUGGAGACGCAGAAGCUGCAGCAGUCUGUGGGUCUGUCCUCAGGACAGUGCGUCCUCCACACGGACACCUUUGUUCCUGUGCGACAAGAGGACGGACAGAACUUCAGUGUGGUGAACUUUCUCAGAGGAAAAACAAACUCCGCUAAUCUGACUGAGAGGUCACCUCUGAUCAGAUUAUCUCAGGACGACAGUAUAACCUACAUGACCGUUCAUAACUCUGACUUUGUUGGAGGAGAAGAAUCCUGGGACAACAGUUCUCUGGACGUGGAGAGACGCUUCCGUCUGGGCAGUGAGGUCACCAGUCUGUCCCUGUCCCGCAGCAGCUCCUCAGACAAGAACGUCCCUCUGGAGAACCUCAGCUUCAGACUCACCACAAGUCUGAGAUCCUGCUUCAAAGUCUCUAAAAUCACCUCUAUCUUCACUGUGGUCGUUCUGUGCAGUCUGUUCUUCAGCAUGUAUCCAGACAGAGAUAAUCCACACACCAUGUUUGCUGUUUCCUCAACUGACCCUUACUCGAUGAACCUGACGGAUUUUCGGGACAACGCUCUGCUGAAGCUGCAGGUGGGCGGGCCUUUCACAGGAGGAAUGAUUGACAUCAACAGUCAAGAGUUCAUCCUGAUCCAGGUGGAGCAGACGGAGCAGGCGGGGCCAAGGAGGAGGAGGACACAACAGGUGAUUCAUAACUGGACCAUUCCUGUAAACAGUGAACGCAGUGACCAGAUGCUACUGACCAAGACCUUUGAGAUGCUCAGCAGUGUCCCCGUCGUCAUCAGUGUCCAGGCUUUUCUGCGAGACAACGACGUGGUGCCGUUAACCAUGACUCAUCAGUCUCUGUACGUCAGUGUGGAGACACAGGUGGCCAUAGCUGGAAUCAUUCUGACCGGAGUUUAUGUUCUCAUCAUCUUUGAGAUUGUUCAUCGCACUCUGGCGGCCAUGUUGGGAUCUUUGGCAGCUCUGGCUGCUCUGGCCGUCAUCGGUGACAGACCCAGUCUGGUCACCGUGGUUGAGUGGAUUGAUUAUGAGACUCUGGCUCUUCUCUUUGGAAUGAUGGUUCUCGUGGCCAUUUUCUCAGACACAGGCUUCUUUGAUUAUUGUGCUGUGAAGGCUUAUCAGUUGUCCAGAGGAAGAGUUUGGCCGAUGAUCAUAAUCCUGUGUCUCAUCGCUGCCAUUCUGUCUGCUUUUCUGGACAACGUGACCACAAUGAUGCUCUUCACCCCUGUCACUAUCAGGUUGUGUGAGGUUCUUAAUCUGGACCCUCGACACGUCCUGAUAGCAGAAGUUAUCUUCACCAACAUUGGAGGAGCUGCCACGGCCGUCGGAGAUCCACCAAACGUCAUCAUCGUGUCCAACCAGCGUCUGCGCAGAGAAGGAAUAGACUUUGCCAGUUUCACAGGUUACAUGUUCCUGGGCAUUUGCCUGGUGCUGUUGACCUCCUUCCCUUUCCUACGGCUGCUCUAUUGGAACAAAAAGCUCUACAACAAAGAGUCCAUCGAAAUAGUUGAGCUCAAACAUGAGAUCCUGGUUUGGAGACAAACAGCUCAGCGCAUCAAUCCUGCCAGUCGUGAGGAGACGGCUGUGAAAUGUCUCCUGAUGCAAAAAGUCCUCAACCUGGAGAAUCUGCUCCGCAAGAUGAUGAAAACCUUCCAAAGUCAAAUUUCUCAGGAGGAUAAAAACUGGGAGCAAAACAUUCAGGAAUUACAGAAGAAGCACAGAAUAACAGACACAGUCCUGUUGGUGAAGUGUGUCUCCGUUCUCGCUGUGGUCAUCGUCAUGUUCUUCCUCAACUCCUUUAUUCCCAGCAUUCAUCUGGAUCUGGGCUGGAUAGCGAUCCUCGGUGCUCUGUGGCUCCUGGUUCUCGCAGACAUCCAGGACUUUGAGAUCAUCUUACACCGGGUGGAAUGGGCCACGCUGCUCUUCUUUGCUGCCCUCUUUGUUUUGAUGGAGGCUUUAGCUCAGCUGCAGCUCAUCGACUACAUUGGUGAACAGACGGCUCUGCUCAUCAAAGCGGUGCCAGAGGAUCAGCGUUUGGCCAUAGCUAUUAUCCUGGUGAUGUGGGUCUCAGCUCUGGCUUCAUCUCUUAUUGACAACAUUCCCUUCACAGCAACAAUGAUUCCAGUUCUCAUUAACCUCAGUCAAGAUGUAGACGUGAACCUUCCAGUCAAACCUCUCAUCUUUGCUUUGGCUAUGGGAGCCUGUCUGGGAGGGAACGGGACAUUGAUCGGAGCGUCCGCUAACGUGGUCUGUGCAGGAAUCGCUGAACAACAUGGAUACGGUUUUUCCUUCAUGGAGUUUUUCAGGUUGGGAUUCCCCAUGAUGAUAAUGACGUGUAUGAUUGGCAUGUGUUACCUGCUCGCCACACACAUCGGCCUGGGCUGGAACAUGUGAUCACUCCAAAGAGACUCUGUGUGUGUGUGUGUGUGGUGUGUGCGUGUGUGUGUGUGUGUGCGUGCGUGUGUGUGUGUGAUCACAUGACUGUAAAGGCACUAUUAAAAGCUUUGUAACCAUAUAUGUAAAGUAUGGGAGGUGCAGACCUGACUGUGUAACUGCACCUGGUGCUACCACCUCUUUAUCACCUGUACUGAUUAUAAGAAUUAUAUUAUUAUAUAAACUAUUUAUAAAGUGUGUCAGUGUUGGUCACAAUCAAAUUGUUUCUGUCGACAUAAAUCUAUGACACAACUGAUUACCAUGUGUUCACUAAACGUGAAGAAACCACUGAACCCAGUGAAAGGGAUUUUAUAACCGUUUUUAUCUGUUUCUUUGUCGCAUUCACAAACUUCUUAAUGAAUCUGAAUCAGUUCAAUUAGAAAAUGGAAGAUUCUUUAAGAGAUAAUCCCACCAUUGUGGUUUGAUGGUUAGUGACACAUAAUCAGGACCGACUGAGCUGUGAGCCAUGAAAAGCCACUGAACUAUCCCUUAAACUACAGAUGAAAUAGAUGUUUAUAUUUGAUUGUACUGUGUACAUGAUGAUCUGAUGUAACCUUGUUGAUUAAGUUGACGUGGAUGAAGGAUGAUAAUCACGUAAAGUGUGAGGAAUGUUUCAUGUUUGAAGGUUGAAUCUUUCAGACGAAGAUAAACAUGAAUAAAGUUUGUGUUGUUUCUUCUUCA